CAGAGUGAACGGAUCCUCGCAUAACUUUUACUCCUCAAAAUUCCGUUGCCCAAUUUAGGUGCUAUACAUAGCGAGCGAUUCACAUCUCCGAUACAAUUACCAGCAUUCGUUUCAUAGCCGACUCAACAUGGGCCGUCUCGCGUCGUACUGGAGACCAUUGACGCUUAUCUGGAUCUCCAUCUGCUUCCACUGGGACACUCUCAAGAAUGCCGUCCGUAAAGAUGGUAUAAGCGCACUUGCCCGUCCACAGCUCAUCCGAGAUGCCGCUUCGGCAAAGCUUCUAAGCGCACACUCUGCCGGGUUCAUUGCAUUCGAAGACACAACCAUUGUCCCCUCUCUUGUUAAGGCCGCCCGAGGCGUGGUUCUUGAACUGGGCCCCGGGCCAGGCAAUCAGAUCCACCGUUACGAGACUUCUGUGGUAGAUUUCGUAUACGCCGUCGACCCUGUUGCCCACCACUACCAGAAUGAUAUUGCCGCCAAGCUCGCGAACCAUAGUCUCCGAGACAGGUACAAGCUUAUAACAUGCGGCAUCGAAGACAGCGACAUACUAAGAAGCGCAGGUGUUGUGGAGGGAAGCAUGGAUACCGUGUUGAGCAUUCAGGUCUUGUGUGCGAUAAACGAUCCGAAGCUAGUAAUGAAAGAGAUAUACAAGUUGUUGAAACCGGGAGGCAGGUUCAUCUUCUGGGAACAUGGCUGGAGCAAAGACCCUCUGACGAUCGCAACACAAGCUGUAUUGAACCCUGCUUGGAGCACGUUCGUGGGAUGUCGUUUGACUCGAAAUGUCAAAGCAGAUAUUCUCGGUGCUGGAGAGUGGGAGAACCCUGGGGGGAUCGAGGAGCCCGUCGAUCCGCACAGUUGCCUGCCUAGAAUCCAGGGCGUGCUCAUCAAGAAAGCUUGAUUAGAGUGACUGAUGAAUGGGCUGAACCGCAGGGACGCAUGAUAAAUCGCUUGCGGCUCAUCGUUUUCACCACAUGUGUGGUAGCAGCUUGACUGGCAAAAUUCACUUAAGUCUUGUGCGAAAGGAAAGUUCGUAUUUUAUUCGACAAGCUGCGUGCAAAGGAUGAAAACGGUUCGCAUCCUUCGUUGUACCAUGCUCGGACGAAUACUCGCAUCCAAGUGGUCACUUGUGAUGUAUUACGUAGACGUUACUUCGUUGCCAAGUCCGUGAUAUCGCCUAGAUAUUAAGUUGUGACUGGCUUUUCUUUCUUAUUCACUUCCCCCU